AUGCUAUUCGCUCCAAGCGGACCCCAGAGUCCCCGUCGCCGCAAUCGCUUGAAAGCUAUCUUCCUCACCAUCGGCAUCGUCCUCGCCAUUUACUUCCUCUUUUUUGCCGGUAGCGAGUCUUCUCAUUCCACAUACCACGACAAACCCAACAAAUAUGCGCAUAAAAUUGAAUCACUUGCGAACCCUAAGGCUGCAGGCGAGCUGGCUCGUCCCGUGGUCCGCCGACAUAAGAAUAUGGUCGUAGCCAGCUUGAAGAGUGAUGAUACCUCGUGGCUGGCCGAAUACUUUCCAGAUUGGUCGCGGAGUGUCUACGUCGUGAACGAUAAGAAGGCUCCAUUGACUGUUGCGCGCAACAAGGGGCGCGAGUCGAUGGUGUAUUUGACGUACAUUAUCGAUAACUACGAAAACCUCCCCGAUAUAAUGCUGUUCAUCCACUCCCAGCGCUUCCAAUGGCACAACGACGACCCAUACUACGAUGGCGUCCCCAUGCUGCGCAACUUCCAGACCUCCUACCUCCAAAAGGAAGGAUACGUGAAUCUCCGCUGUGUCUGGACCCUCGGCUGCCCUGUCGAGAUUCACCCACUUACCGACAUCCACCGUCAAGACAUACACGCGGGAGAGUACUUCAAACAUGCCUUCAUGGAGCUAUUCCCCAACACACCAGUCCCUGAAGAAGUCGGCGUAUCAUGUUGCGCGCAGUUCGGCGUGACUCGUGAUAGAGUGUUGAUGCGGCCCAAGAGCGAUUAUGAGUUUUAUCGCAAGUGGCUUAUGGAAACGAAAUUGAAGGACGAGUUGAGUGGGCGGAUCAUGGAGUAUUCGUGGCAUAUGAUCUUUGGCAAGGAGCCCGUCCACUGCCCAAAUGCCCAGGAAUGCUACUGCAAUGUCUUUGGGCUCUGCAAUUUGAAUUGCCCUGGGCCGAAUGCCUGCGAUGAUCGCUACGUCCUGCCGCCGUACUCGCCGCUGCCCAAGGGCUGGCCGUAUAUUGGGUGGAAUGGCGAGGAGCAGGAUCCGAGCCAUGGCCUACCUGAAUCUUGA